AUGUUUUCCGGAGUGAUUAAUUUACAAAGAGUAUUAGAAGCAACAAAAGACCACGCGAAUGUUGUUGUACCUGAAUUAGAUCGUUUACUUAAACUUGAUCCAUAUCUUGCACCAUAUCAAGAUGAAAUUCGAAGACGUUAUUACAUCUUUCAAAAACUUCUUAAACAACUUGAAAAUGAAGAACAAGGUAUCGAUGUAUUUACAUCUGCUUAUAAACACUUCGGUAUUCAUGUUAAUUCCCAAACAAAUGAAAUAAAUAUUAAAGAAUGGGCACCCGGUGCAAAAGCAAUGUAUAUUCGUGGAGAUUUUAAUAAUUGGCAAGAAAAACAAUAUCCAUUUACACGUGAUCAAUAG